AUGCAUGGGGGGUCUGUACCAUUCAUUCAUAUGGCAAUACGACCAGUGCAAAUACUGCUUUACAAUAUUCCUGAUUUCAAGGUGGUGUCGGGCCAGAGCAAGUUUGUGGGCUCCCUGGACGGUGUAGCCACGGUGGAGAAGGAGAAGUUCCCCAAGAACUUCUGGCCUGAUUUCAAGUGGUCGAGGAAGGGAUUCAUGAGGACUCGCUGGCUCAUACACAACCAAGGUCUGGACCUGGUCAACGUCCACCUGUUCCACGACGCCUCCAACCUAAUCGCCUGCAACUCCAGCCCCUCCGUCUACUCUGACAACCGCAGGACAGCCCUCCGCUAUGUCAUCGACAGGAUAUCCCACAGCGCGGGUUCUACUCUGCCCUUCUUCCUCUUCGGAGACUUUAACUUCCGCCUUGACGCGCUGAGCCUGGUUCAGGACCUCUCCACAGCCACGGACGUGCAGACCGUGACCAAGGACGGCAGCAACGAGGUGGAAAAGAUCAUCUGGGAGGAGAAGGACAACGAUCAUAAGGUGGUGCUGCACAUCGAGACCAAGCUGUUUGACUACCUCCACCAGAGCGUCUUCAGGCAGGACAACGGCCAGGCGCUCCUUAAAUAUGAUAAAGAGGUCGCAGCCUUUCAUGAUGUCAUCAGGGAAGAGGAAAUCCUAUUUCCCCCAAGUUACCCCUACAGUGAGGACUACUCUGAGCCCACCCAGUACAUGACGACCCGCUGCCCCGCCUGGUGCGACCGCGUCCUCCUGUCCCCCGCGGCCCAGCGCCUCCUCCACAGGAGCGAUGAUGAAGGGGACAUGGGCGUGGUCUACAACACCCUGGGUCCUAACAUCUGCAUGGGCGAUCAUAAGCCUGUUUUCCUUUUCUUCUCCCUGAAGACAAACUGCUUCUGACCCGCACCCCUUUAAAUGGCCCGCGGGGGAGGAGUCACCAGCCCAGCAGUCUGCUCGGGGCCACGUCUUGCUGGGGGGGGGGGGGGGAGAAACGCAGACCGGACUGCUGUGGACCCCCGACCGCCUGCACCCUCCAAACCCUCACCUGUCUGUCUUCACCUUGUCCCCCAAACCCUCUCCCCUAGCCGUCCGUCUGUCUGUCUUUACCUCAACACUGUAUCUUGCAUGGUGUCUUUUCCACCUGGUCACAUACACACACACACACGCACACGCACACACACACUGUAGCGGGCCAGUGGGUGUGGGGUUUCCACGCUACCAGGUUGAAUGGACAAAACACAACACAGAGAGCAGUUCCAAUGGGUAAAUGGUUUAUUUACAGAGUAAAUCAAACCAGGGUUGGAAAAGGGUCAUCCACCUCCUUUAUGCUCCAGUCCGUCCAACACUUCCCACCUGUCUCUCUCUCUCAGGGCGUUCCGUGCUUCCAGGCGAUCACACAGAUCCCGCCGGUCCUUUGCUAGCCCUAGCUUCGCUCGCCUUCCUCCCCUUAGCCUUCCUUUCCCUACACGACUGUUUGCUCGCCCUCUUAAGCCCAAGCACCCCUGCUUAACGAUCCCCAGGCUUGCCUCGUUAGAGGGAGGAAGUCCAUAUAUGGCUUGGGGGUGGAGCCAGCCGGGUGCCAGACCUACCACUCCCCUCACUCCUCCCCGGCGUCUGCCACAAUACAUACAGUACAUGCAUACAUACAUACAUGCACGUACGCAUAGACAGACUUCUAAUUCGGGGCCUUUAUUCAGAGAUCGCCUUGGAUUCCAUGAAUGGUCUGACUGUAUGUGUCCUUCUGUUGCUCCUGCCUCUGUCUGCAGAGCACGGCUUUGUGCUGCUUUGGCUCAGGAACACAGGGUUAGGGGGUGACACAGGAAAUAUGUAGGCGUUUAUCUGUUACUUCUUGCUCUGCUGCACAUGGGUGGGAGGAUACAUUUCAAUGAAGGAUCUCUCACGUGCAAACCUGUGCACCACACAUACACACAAGGAAGUGCACGCAGAUGCACACACACAGACAGAUCCACACACAAACACUCCCAUUAACCAAACCAACAACAUUCUGUGAUGUCUAACAUUAUUGAUUGUGUGUUUCAUUAAGGUUGCACUGACAUGCGCCCACAGAUGGUUGUUUGUUUGUUUGAAUUGUCUUUGUCUGGUUUUAGCUUGUUUAUUUAUUGUUUUAAUUGGUUGGUGUGGCGGUCGUUGGAGGCUGAUGUGAAAAUAGAACUAGGUCUAUUUUAGGUCAAUCUGAGAUGUUAACUGUGAUUAACAAUUACCUAAACAUAGUAUAGCUGGGACACUUAGAGAUCUGCUGAAAGUACCGUGUAAUUCCACCUCAAAUGACCCGCUGUUAAAAAAGUUCAACAACUGAAAAGGUGGUACGGGUACACGAUCAUAGUCGUAGCCUUGUUUGGUGAGUGUGUUUUAGUCCGAUGUCUCCUUUAUCUAUUGUUCUAACCAAGUGCUUUUAUUCUGAAAGAAUGUGCUGACAGCCAUGUCCUCUUUUGCUGCUGCAUGUUUAUGGUUCUCACCCAUCACUGAAGACGUUCUACUCAGGGUAGUUGACUGGCGGCCAGACAGUGUAUCAACCCAGGAACACUGUGUCUCUGGUCCCCAAGCGUCUCCUACCAGGGGAAGGCGCUCUGGGAGACGUAAUGUAAAAAGUGUCUGGGGGGGGGCGUCUGCCCGCGCCAUGGCAGCACUGAACGACACACCGAGGUCUAACAAACUACCGGCUCGAUGUUAGGUUUGGUUCAUGUAAUGCCUUCACACUUCAGUCUUUGGCCAUGUUUUAAAAGAUUUGAUCUGGUUUUAUAUUUAGUAUUUCAAAGACUGCUAAAAUACUAUUUUAGAUAAUAUAUAUUUUGACUGAAGGUUUGAUGAAUGUUGAUGAUACACUGGGAUGACGCCCUCCUUCCUGUUUAGACAAACAAUGUUUUGAGUCAGGAGGUUGAGGGCUGUUUGCCCGUCACAGACCUUCAGUGAUGUAUUCAAGCUCCAUCCGUUCUGACGCUCCGUGCUCCCGGCUUUAACAGAAGGCCUACACCAGCACUAGGUGCAUCGGACUAUUCGCUUCUGUAUUCUGUUUCAAAAUCCAUAUGCAAAAAUGAACACUACAAUCUCCCUUGUUUGUAAAUAAUAACAAUCAUGAUAAUAAAUUGUGUACAAAA